CAGUCUAACAAGGUAACACGGAGGAGAACAACGACUCUCCGAGCAAACAAACGCGACGUGUCUUCACCCAAAUUAAUGAUUCUAAAAAGGAAUAGCGAAUAGUACCUUACGUCAUAAAACUAUUAACGACAACUUUAACGUUAACAACACGCGUUGGUUUUAUUAUCUUACCACUGCGCUCGUACUACCACGAAGUACCAUGACGGAUUAUUCAUAUUCAUACAUGUCAUCAUUUAAUACUUCUUACGUUUAUACCGACGACGUAUUUGACGACAUUCGAGGAAUCAUACACCCGCAACCAUUCGAGUGGGUCAUCGUCUCAACAUACGUUGUCAUAUUCCUGUUCUCGUUGAUCGGCAACAGUUUAGUAUGCCUUACUGUUUUGCAGAACGAACAUAUGCGCACGGUGACAAACAUGUACAUUGUGAACCUAAGUAUAGCCGAUAUUCUCGUCACUAUUGUUUGUAUACCUAUGACCGUUACACAUGAAAUCAGUCAAACGUGGUUCUUUGGACCUACCGCCUGCAAACUUAUUUACUACUUUCAGAUUGUUUUCAUCGGGGUUUCCAUCUUCACGCUGACAUUCAUUGCACUGGACCGCUAUCUUGCUAUAUGUUGCCCUUUUAAGUACAAGAUCAAUCGUUGUAGGACUGUGGUACUAAUCGCAAUUGCCUGGUUGUUGAGCUUCAUCAUUGCCUUGCCACUAUAUUUUGUUCAGACAUAUGAAGAACAUUUUUUAAAAGAACACCACAAUAAAGAGUUGCUAUCGAAGUGUCAAGAGAACUGGGGGAACGAAACCGUUCAGCGUUUGUAUCACGUGGGACUGGCGAUGGCGCUGUACGUCAUUCCAUUGACAGUCAUCAGUCUAGCAUAUACCAAGGUAUGCUCUACACUCUGGUCAGGAAUUCCCACGGAGGAGAAGACUUGCGGCAAAGUGCCAGAUAAGAAGGUACGGUCGUCUUCAACAAGUGCGGCCCAAACACAAACUGAGAAUCGAAAGAAGGUAGCGCGAAUGCUGAUUGUUGUGGUUGUUCUUUUUGCAUUGUGUUAUUUUAUGACACAUUUACUCAACCUCCUGAGUGUGUUCGGCUUUUUCGAUAAAUACACUAAACAUAAUGAUGACAAUAAAAUGGUACCCUGGUUCAUGGUUUCCCAUUGGUUUGUAUACUUCAACAGCGCUGUUAAUCCUAUCAUCUAUAAUUUUCUAAGCGCCAAGUUCAGACAGGAAUUCAAAGCAAUUUGUUUAUGCUGUUGUCGGCGUGCCAAGAAACGACAAGAGACCAUUUCUGAGACCGGGAGGAGUACAGAAUAUGUUGGCAUGUCAUGCAAGAAAGCAUCGUACGAUAAUGGCCGACGUACGCAGGCGUUAUUAAGUUCUGUGCAAACCGUCUAAACUUUUAUUUAGCAGCACCGGAUGCCAUCUACCCCCGACUUAAGGCCUGUUCAGCGAUAACGAUAACGAUUUAAAAAAAAAAGCUGAAAAAAGCAAUUGUUCAUAUAGAAAAUAAAAGAAAUGAGAUAAGUUUUUACACUAGAACGAUUCGAUAACGAUUUAUCGGUUAUGCGAUA